UCUGCUUAUGGAAAAAAAUGUCCGUUUUUUAUCCAGCAGAGUCCAAAUUCUAUUUUUGGAUCGAAGGAAGCAUAUAUUGCAGCUGGAAAUCAGGUUCCUGUGAGUUUUCUGCGGAGGCUUGAGGUUUAUGCCCCGAAGCACAGCGCUUUUGAAUAUGUACAUCUUAUUGGCAUUCAGCUGGUUGAGAGCGCUUUGGUACUAGGAACGGCCGUACUGAAUAAAACAGUAUUGGUUAUUGUUGAAGUAGCUAUAGGUUAA